AUGUCCCACCGUGAUGGAGAAGCCGAUCGACUCUGCCAUUGCAGUUUCCCCGUUCUACCACCUCUCCUUCGUCCUCGCUGCCCGCGUCCAUGGGUGACUGACGCUGGGAUGUAUGAGCCAUUCUAUCUCGCCUUCGAUGCCUAUCCAACUGUUGUCCCGCGAGUGAAGGUGCGAGGCCUCAUGGCUCUGUUUCUUGCCGUCUCGAUCCUGUGGGCCCUCGUCUGGCUCCUGUACCGAGCAUGGCAGGUCUGCCAGACCCCAAAUGAUGUCCUGGUGGAGAAGCUGGGUCUCGACAUUCCGCCGCCCCCAGAGGUGACCCUUGAGGAGAUUACAGCGCGUGAGGUUCGUUUGGCUUGGAAACAGCCGGACUUUCAUAAUUCCAUACACAAGCAUAUCAUUCAGGUGAACAAUGUCAAAGUGGGCGAGUCGAAACGGGCAGAGACCGCAGUCGAAAUUCUGAACCUCAUUCCGGGAAGCAUUUAUCAUAUCUGCGUUCUUUCCGUCAGCGCAGCGAAUUUCCAAACCCCUAGUGCUAUCCUUCAUGUGCGAACGAAAUCCCUCCCGCUAUCUCAGGCCCAGCAAGAUGCAACUGCUGGCGGCCCAACGAUCAGAGCGUCGAUUCCCAGAUCUACGGCCGGCUUGCCCACUUCAUCCGCCCCGGUCAUGUCUCGUGAGCACAGUGCGGGUCAGAUGCCCGGGAAGCGGCCGUCGACAGGUCGUAAGUCAUCGCCUGCUACAGGGGCCGCAGACUAUUCGCAUAGUCAAUUCGACGAAUCCCGCCGGAAUGGCCACCGGAGCAAUCGUGACGAGAGUUUGGAACAAUUAGCGGAUCGCUUGAAAGCUUUACAACAAGAAAACGACAAUGUGGAAAAACAAGCAGCGGAGGAAGACGACGAACAUAUUGCAUUACUCAAGGAUCUUGAGAAGCAGCGUGAUGACCUGAAGAAGCGUGUGAAGGAGAAGGACGAAGUCAGUGGGGAUCUGAAAAAGCAUGUUUCGAAACUUGAAAGCGUCAACCGCACCGUGCAAAGUGAAAAGACGAAGCGCAUGAGACUUCUUCAGCAAAAGGAAGCAGAACGCGACAAGCGCAAAAACGACAUUCUUCGAUGGCAGGAGAAGAUCUCGCGCAUGAAUUCCGAUGCUGCUCAAGCGAAAGAAGACAAGUCUCGAGUGGAGGAAGAUGGCAAGGCACGAGGAGAUGAAAUUCGCGAGAAGAUUGCGAAGGAGCAAGCGGAUAUGAAAAUCAUCGAUGAUGAGAUUCAAGACAAGGGCGGACGAAUCAAGAAGCUUGAGGAUGAGAGAAAGGGCCUUCAAGAUGGGGAGAGUGAGGAUGGCAAGGAGCUGGAUCGAAUUGACAAUGAGCGGGCCCGCCAAUGGGAGAUGAAGUUGAACAGCUUACAUGCCCGAUAUGCAACUCUAGUCAAUCUCCAUGCGCAAGCCCAACAGCAGUAUCAAGAAGCCCAGGAACGACUGAAAUGGCUCACUAAUCAACGGCCAAGCAGCUCGGGUCCAUUCUCCCUCCCAACAUUGGAUCUGGACCUGUCAAAUACCGCAACCAUUCGACCGCGGCGUCAUCGCAGCUCACUGACCAGCAAUGUCUCUUCUCCUGUGAACUUCCCAGGGGUAGAGACAGCUUUCCCUACUGGUCUCAGCUACAACCCUCCUUCAACGAACUCGCCUACUUUCCCUCCUAGCUCUGCAUUUUUCAACAUCAACAAUGGAAUGGCCCUUCCCGGUCUUUCUGAUCCACCCGAGAUAAUGCGUUCAGAUGCGGAAGCUGGAUUCAAUAACCCUCAAAUGAGCCCUCGGGCAGAUGCUUUGUUGCCGUCUGACCUUCUUGGUGACGAGGAGUCACCGGAGUUCCCGCGACCGCUGACCCGGCCACGCUUCUCUACCAUGGAAGCAACGGGUAGUCCUUUGGAAAACUUUGGCAUCGGUCCCGCUUCACCUGCAUCUUCUGGAAGCAGGCCGGGUAGUAUCUUUGCCAGCCCACUUGAGACGCUUAACCGACGGGACUCUGAUUCUCAGCCGGUGGGGCUGUCUGCUGCCGGGGAGCGGCCCAAGAGCGCGUCUCGACGACUUUCUGGGCUUUUUGGCUUCCAUCGACCUCGAGGAAAGACGCUAGCUGACGAACCACCAAUGUUGGGGACAUUGAAGCCAGGGCAGAGCCAGUCUUUCCCACGUAACAUUGAUGAGAUGGACCCCAUUGGUGCACGACGUCGGAGACUGAGCUAUACAGGCAAUUGGGCGAACCCCAUGUCCUUGUUCCCUCGAAGCAACACAACUGGAGUGACUGCGGAUAGUUCGUCGGAUCACCCGCCAUCUAGACGCGCUGCAUUCUCGAGCAUCUUCUCAUCUAGUAAAUUCGGAUUCGGUGGCACUAGCAGUCGUGGAAACUCCGACUUGAGCACUGGCUACAAUCAGUUUAGCCCACGGCAUGAUCCUAUUGAUCCCUCCUCUCUUCUUGGAAACGUUCGUCGCGGCUCUCUAUCCCCUCGUCCUUCGUCGACCUUUUCUUUUGACAAUCAAAACCAGCUUCCUCAUCCCUCCACGGAUAAUCGCCAUUUCGGGUGGCCGUCUGCUGAACAGACGGGUCACCGCAAUAGCCCACUCGGUCUGGAUUGGGCGUCACCAUCCACAUGGUCCCGAGCACCAUCACGUCGUCCAUCCCUUUCGUAUGGAUCUACCGGGCAUCUCCCGCUGGGACUGACCGGCGAACCUGAUUUCGUUGAAGAAACGUAUGAGCGCCAGCUGCGACCGCUUCAAGCUCCAAUCGGCACACGGCCGUCGUCGUCCCAUCGCCCGGUCACUCCCAAGCUCAACCCGGCUGCACCAACAUUCACGGCAAUCUUCUCCAGUAGAAAGUCAAACCAGGAUAAGGAUAAAGACUCCGAGGCUCCCUUCGAUCCUCACGUGGAUGAUGGAUCCCCAUCUGAGCACCGCACAUCGCGGGAUUCCCGUUCGCUCUCCCAUUUCACUGGCGAGUCGUAUGAAUCUUUGGAGCGCAUGCCAUCUGGUGCAUCCGUGGAUAAUGCGUCUAAAGAAUCAUUCAUACGCAAAAUUACUCGCAAGGGUAGCUCUAGCAAGUUCAGUUCUUGGAAAGACCGUUCGGGUCUAUUCUCCAAGAAGGGCGAGUCCUCUCAAGGUGACAUUGAAGAGGACGCAGCUAGCGAGGCGCAGCUUGGAAAGAGCAUAGACAGCACUGCCUCCAGUGUGCCCUCCGCAGAUCGUUCGACGCGGAGUAGCCUGGGCUUCUUCUCGCGCAAGUCGCGCAAGUCUGACAAGGCAAGCGAGACUAGUGAGCGAGCCAGUGAAGCUGGGGAUGAAGAUAUUUCAAUCCCUGAGAUCGCUCAUUCAUGA